AUGGACAAAAUCGAGAAGACCGGGGCUGAUCGGCCUCCCAGCCCUCUGGCUGGUGAGAAACAGAAAGGUUUCGUCCAGCAGUUCGAGGCUCAAGAUGAGGCCUGGCGCAAGGAUCGCGAGACCAAGCUGGUGCGCAAGAUUGACAUGCACUUGAUCCCCAUGCUUGUCCUCAUGUAUCUGCUCAACUUUCUCGACCGUUCCAACCUUGCCCAGGCCCGUCAGGGGACACUAGAGGCCGACCUGAAAAUGACUGGCACGGACUUCAACCUUGCCACGUCCAUCCUCUUCGUCGGCUACCUCUUGAUGCAGCUCCCGUCAAACAUGCUCAUCACACGUAUCCGCCCAUCCCUGUACCUCAGCGGCGCGAUGACUCUGUGGGGAGUGGUGUCUACAUGCAACGCCGGGGUUCGCAACUUUACUGGCUUGGUCCUUGUCCGGUUCUUCCUGGGCUUUGUUGAGGCGCCAUUUUUCCCCGGUGCGAUCUUUUUGAUGAGCUCCUGGUACACCAGGGCCGAGCUUACACGAAGAAUCUCCUGGUUCUAUUCUGGAAAUGCUCUGGCGAACAUGUUCGGGGGCUUGUUAGGUGCCGCCAUCCUUGGCAGCCUGGAGGGCAGUAGAGGCAUUGCUGGCUGGAGGUGGCUGUUUAUCAUUGAAGGCACCAUCACCAUCGCCCUCGCGAUCCUGUCUGGAUUCAUCCUGCCCGACUACCCCCAUACAACGCGCUGGUUGACCGAAGAGGAACGAGCUUUCGCUGCCUGGCGUCUCCUUUCCGAUAUCAACGAGGCCGAUGAGCGCCACUCGCAGUCCAUCUGGGAGGGUGUCAAACAGGCGUUCAAGGAUUAUCGCAUCUACCUCUUCCUGCCACUGCAACACAUCAGCUUGCUCAGUCAGACGUUCCAAUACUUCUUCCCCAGUAUUGUGGGGACUCUGGGUUAUGGCCGCAUCGAGACGCUUUGGCUCACUGCUCCUGUCUGGUUUGCCACAUUCCUCGUGUCCGUCCUUGUGACCUGGACGUCUGCCAAGACCAAAGACCGGUCAAUCCACAUCAUCUGCCUCAUGUUAGUUGCACUUGUUGGUAAUGCUAUUGCGACCGCCACGCUGAACAUCGGGGCACGGUUCUUCGCCAUGUUUCUGAUGCCCAUGGGUGCCGUGUCAGCUUAUCAAAUCAUCGUCUCCUGGGUUGCAAAUUCCUUUCCGCGGCCACUCGUCAAGCGGUCUGCAGUAAUCGCCAUUACCAACAUGAUCGGCAACUGCGCCAACAUCUACGGCUCUUACAUGUACGCGGCUAGCGAUGCUCCUCGGUACAUACCAGGCGGCAGCGCAAACACGGUCGUCUGCUUCAUUGUAGUUGUUCUAGCCUUGGUGGUACGGAUGGUUCACAUUCAUGAAAACAAGAAACUCGAGCGUGCUGAGGCGCAAGAUGACGCGACUACGCCUGCAGAGGGCAGCAACAUUGGCAGGAGAGCCUUUGGUUUCAGAUAUGUUUACUAA